AUGGAUCUCGAAGGAGUUUCACGAGACGAACUCUUGCAAACAGCAGCAGAGCUGCAACACUUACAGACUGCAGCGCUCCAGGGCUACAGCUUCGCAGGACGUCAGCCACCGGCCUCAGUGUUUCAGCUGGGGCCUCAGCAAGCCUUGCCCCCUCCGGUUCAGGAGGUUCCCACUCAGGUAGUUGGAGCCAUGCAACGGGCUCCGACGGUGACCCAGUCGGAGCAGCAGCCUCAGAAGUACACCAGGCACGAAGACCAGCUGAACAGCAUUGCCCAAUCCACCUCGUGGAUCAUGUUUCAAGGACAGGAAUGGCGCCGGAUGCAGGAAGAGUCGCCGGAAGCUAUCAAAAUGCCAGCCGGCAAGAAGCGCUUCGUCGAAACGGACAACUUCCGCUACAAGCGCUGGAACCCCACCCUACGGGCCUUGGAGGACAAGGACAGCAAGGCGCCACUCACGGUGCAGGAGGUGGUGGGGCUGCUGGAGGAGGCCAUUGUCCUCUCCACAAAGGAGGGCGUCCUGAUCAACUACCAUGCCACACGCCAGCUGCUCCCGGAAAUGACCGGGCCGGCAGUCACCUGGUGGUGGGACUCCGCGAUCCCAGGUCCUACCGAAUGUGGUCGAUUCUAG